UAGUUCGAAUCCUAAAUUGGGUUUUGGAAACCGUUCCUUCCUGCGAAAGAGAAGAGAAAGUGAGAGAGAGAUUCGAGUUCCGAUCAAAAGGAGAUCUUCGUUUACUCUGCAUUGAAUCUCAAACUGUAGUAAUCCUUGGGAGAGAUCUGAUUCUCUCCUGAUUUCCGUUUCCAUGGCGAUUCGGCGGUCGAAGCUAUGCAUCGUAUUGUUGUUCGCGCUCUCUUACGUCAUCUGCGUCUUCGCAGGGAAGAGCUACUACGAUGUGUUGCAAGUGCCGAAAGGUGCGUCGGAUGAACAGAUUAAGAGAGCUUACAGGAAACUCGCUUUGAAGUAUCAUCCCGAUAAGAAUCAGGGCAACGAAGAAGCCACUCGCAAAUUCGCUGAGAUCAACAACGCUUAUGAAGUGCUAUCGGAUGAGGAGAAGAGGGAGAUAUAUAACAGAUAUGGUGAAGAAGGGCUCAAACAGCACGCUGCUAAUGGUGGACGUGGUGGUGGUGGAGGGGGCAUGAAUAUGCAGGAUAUCUUUAGCCAGUUUUUUGGUGGUGGUGGUUCGAUGGAGGAAGAAGAGAAGGUUGUUAAGGGUGAUGACGUGAUUGUGGAACUUGAGGCCACUCUCGAAGAUUUAUACAUGGGAGGCUCUAUGAAGGUAUGGAGGGAGAAGAAUGUAAUAAAACCAGCUCCUGGAAAGAGAAAUUGCAACUGCAGAGAUGAGGUUUAUCACAGGCAAAUUGGUCCUGGAAUGUUCCAACAGAUGACAGAGCAGGUCUGUGACAAAUGCCCAAAUGUUAAGUUCGAACGCGAAGGAUACUUUGUCACAGUUGAUAUCGAGAAAGGAAUGAAAGACGGAGAAGAAGUGUCUUUCUACGAAGAUGGUGAGCCCAUUCUCGACGGUGACCCUGGUGACCUUAAGUUCCGAAUAAAAACUGCACCACAUGCCCGUUUCCGGAGAGAUGGCAACGAUCUACACAUGACCGUCAACAUUACACUGGUUGAGGCGCUAGUUGGAUUUGAGAAAUCAUUCAAACACUUGGAUGAACACGACGUUGACAUCAGUUCCAAGGGAAUUACAAAGCCCAAGGAAGUGAAGAAGUUUAAAGAAGAAGGGAUGCCACUUCACUACAGCACAAAGAAAGGCAACCUUUUUGUCACUUUUGAGGUUUUAUUUCCUUCGUCUCUCACGGAGGAUCAGAAGAAGAAGAUUAAAGAAGUCUUGGCUUAGUUCUCUCUCUCUAGAAGUUUGGGGUCUAAAGAGGACGAACUUGUGAGGGUCCAUAAUGUAACAUGGCUAGGUUUUAAUAUAUAACAAAAAACAGGGGAGACAAAGGGGAAGAUGAGAAAAGCCAACAUGAGGUUUUGAUAAAAUUAUAUUUUGCUUUUGUUGAUCAAAUUAGUGCAUAUUUAUGAUUUCAUCAUCCUAAGCUUUUUUAUCUUUUGAAUUCUA